AUGCAGAGUCAUGAAAUUUGUUUAUUAGAAAAAAUAAGACUUGCGCAAAUCAAACAACAAGCGAUAAAAUCAUCCGAAGAAAUAAGUGAAUAUUGUCAUGUAUUAAGAAAUCGUUUACAAAAUGGAAUUGUAUUAGGAUAUGAGUAUCUUACCGCUAAGCUUUACUAUGAUAUAGCAUUAGUAAACUAUGAAUAUUAUCGGCAUGGUCUUGUUCACGAUAAUUUAUUGUCAGUAAGGGAAUUUUUAAAGAAAUGUAUAGAUCAAUUUGAUCAAAACAAUCCCAGAACUAAUCAUAUCGACAUUGUAAAAGAUGCGAAAUAUCUUCUCGAUUCCGUUUGUGAUCUUGAAAAUCAUGUAUCGGUUAAUAGGAAAUAUUAUUCGUUAAAAAGAAAACGAAAAGAACUUGAAGAAAAACUUCAAGAUCAAAUAGAUUCGAAUUCUUUAAUUGAAAUUCUAUGCGCACUAGUUGAAUGUAAUUUAGAAAUCGGUUGUAUCGAUCAAGUAGAGUAUUAUUUAGAGUUUUUACGCGGCUCAUCCGAAGAAAAUCUCAAAGAUAAGCUCGAUGAAUAUGAAUUACGGAAAUAUUUAAUUGUAAAUCUACGGCAAGUUAUGGAAUGUGAAGUUGCUUUGUCACAACCGCAAGAAGAUGAUAUCGAAUAUUAUUCCGUGAAAAAACCAGAAAAAGUCGUAGAUUAUCAAUUAGAAGUUCAGAAAUGGAAAGAUAUGUGUAAAAAAUCAAAUACUCGAUCGAUUUUAUUUAUCUAUAGUCCAGAGAAAAACGAGCAUCAUUGGGAAACUUGGUUUUCGUUACCAGAUAGAAAAACGGAAGUUUUUCAAUUAGAAAUCGAUAAUAAAUCAUUCUUAAGAAAACUAUCCAACAAACAUUAUAUCACAUUAGUUGUCGAAAGUAGACGAGAAUAUAAAUUUGAUUUUCAUUUACGAUACAUCUAUGUAAUAGAUUCGACUUAUGAAAAGAUAAAUGAAAAAUUCUUAGAAUGGUUUACAGGUGUUAAAGAUCAAUGUGUUUAUGAAGUUCGUUUUAUUGAAUGUCCAAAGCAAAGGUUUAUGUCAGAAAAUAGUUUAUUACAUGCCUAUUUCAAUGCUACGGCUUGUCAAUGGGCGGCAAAUGAGAAUUAUUGGACAUUUUUGAAGAGAAAUUUUUCUAAACAAGAAUUUUCAAAUAAAAAUAAUAUCGAGAAAAUUAAAUUAUGGUACAUUGGAAAUAGUGAGAAAUUAGCAAUAUCAGAAUAUAUAGAAGAUAAUUUUCUCGAUGAACAAACUCGUGAAAUAAUUGAGAAAUUCAAAAGUUUACUCUAUAAAAUCUUUUCUUCUGUUUUAGAAGGUCAGGAAAUGAAAACUCGUAUUGAAGAGAUAUCGAAAGAAUUUACUACUAUUAAAAGAUUUGAUGAAAUAUUAGACAAGAUAAGUGAUUUAAAUAAAGGAGUAGUUUCUAAUGAUGAACUGAAAGAAUGUAUUAACACGCUUGAAAAUCUUGAAAAUACGACUGAAGAUCCGAGAAAAAAGGAAUACUUAGAAAUUAAUUCAAUAGUUGAUAUUAUGUUUGAAAUUCUUAAGAAAUGUUCGUUUGAUCUAUUAUCUUUACAAGAGAAACUUCUUCAAAAUUUCGAGUAUUUCGAAGACAAACUUCAUCAUAAUAUCUUAUUAACGAUCGUAGAUAAAAAUUACGAUUAUACAAAACGAAUAAAACAGAUGAUAAAGUCUAAUGAUGCGAAUUCAACAAGUUAUGAAAAUUUUCUAAAUUCUCUUGGAGAUUAUCUUGAAACUCGAAAAAGUUUUAUACCUGCGCAUGAAUUCCUUUUAGAAUGCAGAUAUCUAACAAAUGAAUUACAAAAAUGUAAAAUUGAAAAUAUUGUAGUGACAAAUCAAUGUGCUAAGCAGAGUUUAGAUACAAUUAAAUGUUUCAUUGAACGAUUUAUUCAAAUAGAAGAAUCGUUCGAAUCAUUUCAAUCUAUAUUUAAACGUCUUUUACCGUGUAACUACGAGUUAUUGGAAUUAUCAACUAUUAAUGAGAGAUUAAGAGUUGAUAUUUAUCAACAAAUUUCUAAUUUUGAUGAUAUUGAAAAAUGUAUCGAGAAUCUAUUUGAAGAUGAUAAACAGAGUGUAAAAAAUAUAGUUAGCUCAUUUCGUAAUUCGAUUACAAUGAACGAUGAGAGAACUGCGUAUUACGUAGGAACACAUCUGAGACAAAUAAUGAUGGAAGAAGUAGAUUGUUAUAUGAAUAGUUUAGUUUCAUUUCGAUAUAAAUCAUUAAAUUCAAUGGAAGUUUUCGAACAAAAUCUUCAUCACUAUUUACUUAAUUCUAUUAAAGAUAUUGUGGUAAAUCAAAUACCUAGUAACCAUUUACUGAGUAGUGCUUCAUCUAUUUUAAAUUCAGUGAAUCUAGAAGAUGUCGAUUAUGAUCAGAAAAUUUCUUUUUAUAUACAAAUAAUUAAAAUUUUUCGUUGUUCUCCGAAUACGAUACCAUCUGAAGUUAUUGAUAAUCUUUUAUUACAAUUGAAUAACAAAAGUCAUAGUCAUUUUGUUUAUUUACAACAGAAACUUGAUGAUUUAACAAAGAUGUUAAAACGAUUCGCAAAAGUAGCAAAGAUUUUACCAGAAUUUAGUAGAUUAUUUCUGCAAUGUCUUAACGAAAAAUAUGAUCAUUUACCUGAACAAGAAGUAUUUUCUGUGGAUGGUAAAAUUCAUAAAGAAAUUCUUGAUCGACUUCAAUCAAAUAAAACUUUUGAUGAUAUAAAGAGCAUUGUCAGUAUGUUUAAUAAGAAUGAAUUGAAUAAUAUAGUAGAAGAAUGCGAAUGUUUUCUUAGAGAUGCAGAUGAGAAAGGUAGUGCUGAAAUUAGUGGAUGUCUACGACAAUGUAUUAUCAAUAUAGUAGAAAACUUCAUAUCGAAUUUAUUAACUUAUCGUUAUGACGCAUUAGUAGCUUUUAAUAAUUUUGAGAAAAAACUCUAUGAAUUACUAACGACAUAUGAUGCUAUAGAAAGUCAAGGAAUGAGAAAUCUAAUAAUUGAGACGUUACGUAGCUUGAAUGAUUCAAAUUAUUAUUAUGAUAAGAAUUUUCUUACGUAUAGAACUCUAGUUGAAAGUUUACAAAAACAAAAUUGUGAAUGUGCUCGAAUAAUAAAACCUGUUUUUGAAGAGGCAAAUCAUACUCUUAAGCCUAUUUUUAAAGAAAAAGUAAAUAAUUUAAAGAAAAUUUUAAAUGGAUAUGUUAAUUGGUAUGAAAUCGAGAGUUUCAAGCAAAAUGAAUACGUUAUUUUUCAAAUAAAAACAACAUCUGGUGUUUUAAGUCAAAUUUUGAAAAAUAUUAAAGAUAAACAUCCCGAUUGUUUUUCUUCAAAUAAUGAAAUACGAAUUAUUAACUGCGAUAAACUCUACAUUGACGUUCAUCUAUCUAGUCGAGAAUAUUCAGGAGUAAAUAUUGUUAUUAUUAGUCCAUGUCAAGAAUUAGUUAAGAAUAUAACGACAUUAGAAAUGUAUACUGAUGGUGAAAAUGCGAAAGAUGUUUGGAAAGAUAAACCCGCUAAAAAUAGUAUUGGAGCAGAUGCAAAUAGAAAUGGAAAUAAAGGAGAAGAUGGAUCGGAUGGAAAAAAUGGAAAAAGUGCUGGGAAUAUUUAUGUUGUCGCCAAUUAUUUACCUUCAAUCGAAGUAUCAGUUCGUGGUGGACAAGAAGGAAGCGGACAAGAUGGUGGAAAUGGAACAUCAGGUUUAGAUGGUAUUGAUGGAAAACAUGCUGACAAAGACGCUUUGAAGAAAGGUUUAGAACAAUCAUGGGCAUUGAUCGGUUGGGGUUGGUCACAUCGUCAUCGACAUCUCGGCACUGAUGGUGGAUCUGGUGGCAAUGGAGGAGAUGCUGGUUCAGGUGGUUUUGCUGGUGAACAUGGUAAUUCUGGAGCAAUAAAAAUUAUUGCGCUGAAAGGCAACUGUCCAGAGGUUCAACAUCGUGCUGUUCUUGAAAACUCAAAAAGUCAAAAUGGUAAAACGGGAAAACCUGGUGAAGCUGGAAAGCAUGGUAAAGAUGGACUUGAUUAUGUAGGUAUAAGUAAUUGGAUAAAUCCUGGCCGAGCGUCAUUGUCAAGUCGAGGAAUAGAUAAUUUAAAACGUGGUCGUCUUCCUCACGAUGAAAGACGUGAUGAUCCCGAAAAGCAGUUUUUUCAGGACUAUUCUAUGCUACCCAUGGUAUACAAUGAAACUGAUGAUAGAUUUAAAGGCAAUUAUCCCGAUAAAACAGCUCACAGAGGUUCUGAAAAACUCAAUCGACAUAAAAAUCAAGAAGUUGUUCAUCAAAUUCAUGGGAUAAAUCAUCAUGAUGUUUUCGAGCAAUCAUCGAAAUUUUUCGAACCAUUUAUAAAUCCUAAAAAAGUAGCAUCUUAUCAACAUUGGUUAGCUUCAAGUUUAAAAGAAUUUAUAGAAAAAAUGGCUGAAUUAGAAGAAAUUCCUUCGUAUACAGUACAAACUUUACCUGAUAUUGAACAUGAUGCGAAACAAUUGUUGAUUCUGAAAGAAAAUUUUCUUCAAAUUCUAAGUAAAGAAAAUGAAAAACUUCAACGAGAAAAACUCGAUACCAAUCAAAUGAAUAUUGGAAUUAUUCUAUUAGCACAACAUAUCUUCACUCAAUAUAGUGAUUAUCAGAAACAAUAUCAAGCUGUUUAUCAACAAUUACAAAAUGAAAUGGAAAAAGUCAAUGUGAAUCAAUUAGCAACAGGUUUAGAAAUUCGAAGUAUUGAAAUAGCAAGUUUAAAAAGUACAAUCAAUCGAAUUAUAAACGAACAACGAUUUCAUCAACGUUUUGCUACUACACAACGACGUGCAGAAAUAUUAAUAGAAACACCAAAAGAAGAUCUUUCGAAAACAAUUCUAUCACGACAGAAUAUUGAAAUUUUAAAGGAAGAUUUGGAUCAACAAAAAUGGAAACGAUUUCAAACGAACAUCUAUUAUAAAAAGAUUGAGUUUAGAAAUAAAUUUAAUGAAGAACCUAAUGAAGAAAAUCUUUUUCGACUUGGACAUGAUUUUCUCGAGAAAUUAAUCGAUACAUGUAGUAAACCGGAAGAGAUUGAUUUAGAAAAAAUUUCGAAUUUUACUUACGAUUAUCUUUAUAAUUUACAACAAUCGAAUUAUAGUUUAGUCGCUUUAGAAUAUCUUCGAAAUCAACAAGAAAAAAUAGAUGAUUUAAUAAUGAAAACAUCAUGGCCGGAAUAUAGUCAUGUAUUAGAUUUAUUAAUCGACUUUUUCAAAGGUUUUAAUAGAGAAUUUUCAAGACAAUAUUGGCUAGUUUGGAUAGGAAAAACAUUGAAAUGUAUUGAAAAAUCUUCUGAAGAUGAUCGAGUAAGAAAAGGCAAAAGAAAUCUAAUUGAUCUUCUACAAAUUCUUCGAAUAGCAGACGAUAUUCAAAUAAAACAACUUAAUUUUAAUCUAAAAUCAUCAUUUUUAUUAAAAGAAUUUUUUGCGUAUGAUUUUGAUCCGACUUUAUUGUAA